AUGGCUGCCGAAAAGACACAAGCAGAGAAGCCUGAGCAGGCCCAGACCGCGCAAAAGUCGGCCGCCGCUCUGGAAGAGGACGACGAGUUUGAAGACUUCCCUGUCGAAGAUUGGCCCGAGAACGAGACCGAAAAGGCUGCUCAAGCCGCACAAUCCGCUACCGAGGGCGAGGGCAAGGAGGGUGAAAAGUAUCUCUGGGAGAAGUCAUGGGAUGACGACGACACGUCCGACGACUUUAGUGCACAGCUGCGCGAGGAACUGCGCAAGGUUGAUGCCGCCAAGAGGAAAUAA